AUGGCAGACGACGAGCAACUGGAUGCCGCAGCUCUGAUCGAUCGACAUUCACUUCCGUGGGAUGAACAACGGCAAGGUUCUAUCGAUAUACGUCCACCGUGCAACGACAAAUUUCCUUCCGUCUGCAAAUUGCUGCAAAAGUUCCAACGGAGGAAAAAAGUGACGUUUGUGGUUGAUCGGGGCUCACAUAAGGCGCGUCUGAGAGCGGAUUUCAGAUCGCCAGUUUCGGAGCAGCGUACCUCCGCUUCCUGUAUCCCCUAUUUUAUUGAGACUCACCUGCAAGCUUCCGGUAAACGCUCAAGUUCAUUUAUCGUUGAUGCCAAUACUACUACACAUACCAUCUGCUCGUUGCAGGAAAUGGCAGCGUAUCAACAUUGGACGUCAAGUGUGCCCCUUCGUCAUCCGUGGUUUGACGCUCAAACGACAAAGCGCAAGCAUCUCGAUGACGCGGUAGAUGGAACGGAAACAGAUGUUCGUUCUUCGAAAAAGCCGCGUUGCAGCGUCCUUGAGCGUGGAUUUGCGAACCUUUCCCUCGACAACGGCGCGCUGACCAAUGUUAAUGAUGCUGGGUAUUCUACAAUGGAAGACAUCACUCUCCCUCUCAAUGUUCUUCCACCGUCUUCAGAUCUCCAGCCUUUUCAAAUCAUUCGGCCUAGUUCUAUUGAAGAACCAGAUAUAAAGAUGGAAUCGUCAUGGUCUGAACCAGAACCUGAUCGUAUAAUUGUCACAGACUUGGACGGUUUCACGGAGGAAGACGAAGGGGAGGGCAGCCUGAAAAAAGGAGGAGAGCUGGACGAAGCACCGUCGUUACAUAUCUGCAUUAACCCUACGCUUCUCGAUCAUAUUUGGAGGGAUGGUUUAAAAAGGUUCCCUCAAGCGCCCACUCAGGCGCUUGUUCUCUACCAGCCUUUGCUACAACAGGAGGGAAGCAAGGAAGAUGAUGCAAUGGAUGUUGAAGCAUGA